UCGCCAGUGCAGUUGUCAACGUCAAUCCCAGUAAUUCCUUUCAGAACGCAAAAUGGCGUUGAAUUUGGCUGUAAAGGUUCAUCCUGUUGUUUUAUUCCAAAUAGUGGAUGCAUAUGAACGGCGUAAUGCAGAUUCACAUCGCGUAAUUGGAACAUUACUUGGCACUUCCGACAAGGGUGUGGUAGAAGUAACAAACUGCUUCUGUGUGCCACAUAAGGAACAUGCAGAUCAGGUGGAGGCUGAACUAAACUACGCCCUGGAUGUUUAUGAACUCAACAGAAGGGUCAAUGCCUCUGAAAGUAUUGUGGGAUGGUGGGCGACUGGCAAUGAGGUGACAAACCACUCGUCAGUAAUCCACGAGUAUUAUUCCCGAGAGUGUCGUGAGCCAGUCCACCUCACAGUGGACACGUCGUUGGCGGGCGCGCGCAUGGGACUCCGCGCGUAUGUGUGUGUGGCGCUAGGCGUGCCGCGCGGCAAGCAGGGCUGCAUGUUCACGCCUAUUGAUGUCGCACUUACUGCUUACGACCCUGAGAUUGUGGGCAUGCAGCUGUGCCAGAAGACGAUGGGCCCUGCUGGUCGGUCGCGGCAGGUGCAGCCGAUGUUGGACCUCGCUCAGAUUGCAGAAGCUGCCUCCAAACUCUCCUCCUUGCUGGAUCAGGUGCUGCAAUAUGUGGAAGAUGUUUUAGCAGACCGCACGCAGCCUAACAACGCGGCUGGACGGCAGCUACUGGAGCUGGUCAACUCUGUGCCCAACCUCUCUGCAGACACCUUUGCUGAUGCUGUCAACUCCAGCGUCAAGGAUCUGCUUAUGGUGGUGACCCUAGCGCAACUCAUCAAAACUCAACUGCAGCUGAACGAGAAGUUGACGCUGCUGACGUCGCAGUGACCCCUCUACAGCCCCCAACAGUGAGCGUACGUAGCGCCUCACACGUCACAACUACCAAUCAGUGUUUUAUUUGUAAGACGCAAGGGAUUGUUAUCUUGGGAUAACGCAAUUAUUAUUAUUUCUAAUAAACAAUUGAAAAUUUAUAA